AUGCUAUAUAUUUCCGUUAUCUUUGGAUUUAACAUUUCAACAUGGUGGCUUAACAAAUAUAAGUGGCUCGCUUAUUCAGCUAAUGAAAAGGGAGCUUUUUGUAAAGUGUGCGUCAUUUUUUCACCAAGAUAUGCUGGACCCGGGUUACAAAAACUCAAAACAUUGGUAAGUCAAGUAUAUACAAGAUGGAAAGAUGCUCUUGGAAAUUUUAAUUAUCAUCAACAAAAUAAAUAUCAUCUCAAUUCUUGUGAGAUAUCUGACGCUUUAAAAGCCAUCUCUAUGAAUCAAAAGAUAUCAAUAUCUAAUGUAUUGAAUAAAAAAAAAUUUGAUAUUGUUACAACCAACAGAGCCAGAAUAAUUAUAAUAAUUGAUGCAAUCAUUUGGCUAGGGAGGCAGGGCUUAGCAUUAAUAUCUCAUAGAGUAUCAGCUGGCCCCUUAACACUUUCAUCUUCUCAUAAUGAAGGGAAAUUUAAGGAAUUGCUGAAACUUUUAUGCAACAAUAAUGAUAAUUAUAUAAAGCUUUUUGAAAGCUCGGCUAAAAAUGCCACCUACCUUAGUCCAUGCAUUCAAAAAAUUAUAUCCAUAUGCAAUAAGUUUAUAUUGAAAGAAAUUUCUACAAAAGUGUCACCAUUUUCUAGUGUUCUGGCGGAUGAGACAUCGGAUGUUGGUAACAUAGAGCAAUUAUCCAUAGCAAUAAAGACGAUAGCCAAAGAAAUUUUAGCAUCCCUUCAAGAUCUAGAUUUAAAUUUAAAUCUAACGAGAGGCCAGGAAUAUGAUGGAGCUCCCUCAAUGAGUGGACAUGUUAAGGGAGUGCAGUCAAGAAUUAUAGAGCUUUAUAGCACCGCUUUAUAUGUUCACUGCAGCUCACAUUGCCUAAAUUUGAUGAUAUCCGAGGCAUGUGAAAUUCGAGACAUCCGGAACAGUUUACAAACAAUAUCGUCGGUUUGUGACUUUUUCACAACACCCAAAAAGAGACAGUUAUUUAUCCGAACAUUUGAUGAUAUUGAUUCAAAUAAUCCAAAAAAAAAACUAAAACGAUUUUGCCCAAUUAGCAAAAUACUUCAAAAAAUUAAUUUGGAUUUAAGAGAGGUUAUGAAUAGGGCAAAGGAUAUUGUUGAAAUAUUAACAAAUAUCAGAGAAAAUGUGGAUGAAAAAUUUCAUGAUAUUUACAAGAAACGUGGUCAUUAUCUUAAUGAUAUUGACGAGCGUUUACGUGAUCAGUUUAUGGUUGGCAUGGAAAUACCGGGAUUGGAAAGAGAUCUUAGAGCUCUAUAUCCCGACGGUCUUGAUAGAGAUAAUAAUGUACUGACUUUUCAAUUUAUUCUUGAUCUGGCAUUAGCUUCUGAGCGAGCAGAUAAAGAAAUACAAAUAAAAAUAUGCCUGUUGUUAAUAAGAUAA